CAUAUGGGAAUUUGAAAGAGGGGUUUGUGGGAUAUAUUGGGCUCUAGUCGCUCGUAAACAAACUCUCAUGAGUUACUCCGUCAACUGAUUCAAUAAAAUCAUUCUUAUUUUUUGGGAAUACAAUAAUUACAAGAAAAUAUACACAUUUGUUUGCUAUCCCAGGGCAUGAGUCUGGUUUCUCAUGACUCUCCUCCCACUUAUAAGCCAGUAUAAAGAAGGCACAUAAGCCGUUCACCUCACACAAAGCAACUACGAAUCAAAUCUGAUAGCAUAGCUACUUAUCAUAUCUACGCCUACUACGCAUAGUCCACCAACCCGCCAUUCAACAUGUCCUCUCAAGCCUCCACUGACACGGACGACACGUGCUGCCACAUCUGCGAGAGAAUGAAUUUCAGAGAUCCAGCCUGGAAGCAGUAUGUCCCAUCAAGCCACUGUGUGCUCUGCGAUCGCCCCUUCUGCAAUGUUCACCAGGAACAAACCGAGGACGACGGCGACGUCUGUGAAGCGAACCACGGAACGUACUAUAAGGUCCACCACCACAUGCUUCCUGGAAAGGUGUUCACGAGCAAGCAGGAGCGACAAGAAGAGCUGGGAGAGGAGGUCAUCGCACGCCAACAGAGAGAGAGAAAGGAAAGCAUCGGCUGGACACCCCAGGACAACGAGGAUGAUAGCAGGCGCGUUUCCCUUUGAUUCUGCAGCGAGCACGCGAUGGAUGAAGCUGGUCAAUUAGGUAGCGAACCGUGUGCCUGACUUUAUAGCUCUAUGCAUUAUCUUUGACAUGA